AUGGAGUCAACAGCAUCGGCUCUUCCUCAUUGGAGGAUUGACAUCCCAGAUGACCUCCUUCACACCUUACGUGCAUAUCUAUCACGAUUUAGGCAAAAUGUUGCUACGCCCGAGCCUAACAAUAUUCAUACCAAGGACGACUAUUGCAUUCCUCUUACCGAAGUUGCCUCCUUCCUCGACCAUUUGCACCAAGCCCAGGUUGAUGAUGAUCUGAUUACAGCCCUUGCCGAGUCAUUUCGGCGCUGUCUUCUGUCAACCACUGACAUUCACACCCUAUCAACCAGACUCGAUAGUACCUCUCGAGAUAAGCUACUCGAAGCUUACUUCCGCAUUCUUAAAAGUCCGCCACAAGAAACUAGCUCGGGCCUACUGAGCUCAGCAAAAUACGGCAACUCAUCUCUUUUGGCUGUUUUUGGCGGCCAGGGAACCCACAACUCCACUGGGUUGGAUGAGCUGCGCUCUGUGUACCGGAAUUAUAAGCCGCUACUUGAGGACAUUAUCACAUCCGCUGCACAGGUCCUGAAGAAAAUCACAAUUAGCUCGGAUCUGUCUCGGCACUUUGGUCCCAAUGGAUUUGACCUCAUGUUGUGGCUUCAACAAUCGGAAAACGCCCCAAAUUCGGCAUUUCUCGCAACUGCUCCUGUCAGUUUUCCGAUGAACGGUCUCAUCAGCUUAGUUCACUAUUGCGUGACAUGCCGUGUGCUAGGUUUACAGCCAGGGGAGUUCCGAGAUAUUCUGACGGGAGCCACCGGGCACUCCCAAGGAAUAGUUGUCGCAGCCACCGUGGCAGGAUCAAAAACUUGGGCGGAUUUUCUCAAUGCGGUAGAGGACGCGAUGGAACUUCUUUUUUGGCUGGGAUGGGAGAGUCACUGUGGCACACCAAACUCCACCUCUUCAAAGUCAUCCCGGUCCAUUAGAGACACCCAUCUCAACUUUGCAACUUCGAUGCUUAGUGUACGUGGAAUGAAGAAGGAGGUCGUGGAAAGAAUUUUGGAAGAAUGCAACUCCCACCUAGGUGAUGAUGAGAAAGCAUAUCUGGGGCUUGUCAAUUCUUCAGAUUCCAUGGUUAUUUCUGGUCCAGAAAGGACUCUGAAUGGUGUCCUCAGAAUCCUGGAGCGAAAUGGUGCUCCUUCUGACUCUCAUCAGGAUAAGAUUAUGUACCUCGAUCGACGUCCCGGUCUGGACUGUCAAUUUCUACCAAUAUCUGCCGCUUUUCACUCUCCUCACUUGGAUAUCGCCUACCGCCGUAUCAUUGCCCGGAUUGGCUCAACUGGGUUAUUCGAUGGUCUUGACUUCACUAUUCCAGUAUAUCACACCUUCAGUGGAGAGGAUGUUCACCUCAAUCUGAGUCAAGAUCGCAUUCCGAUAUUGGUUCGCGCAGUAUUGUGUGAACCGGUUGAUUGGCCCAGAGCCUGCAUGGAAACAUUCACCACACAUAUCUUGGACUUUGGCCCCGGCAGAACAAGUACCUUCUUGCAUGACCAAAUCAUUGGAUCUGGUCGCCGAAUCAUCAUUGCCUCCGAAUUCAUGGCCUCAUCGCACAGUAUGGGGGGCAAGCAUGAGAUAUUUCGUUAUCAGCCACCGAUUAUGAAUCCCAGCUGGGUCAAGCUUUACAGUCCAAAACUCCUCUCCGAUGAAGCCAACGGUACCCGCCUAGUCACACGUAUGAGCCAGAUCCUUGGGACUCCUCCCAUCAUGGUGGCAGGAAUGACACCUACAACGGUGUCAACGGACUUUGUUUCUUGCGUCAUGAACGCCGGGUAUCACAUUGAGCUCGCUUGUGGUGGGUACUCGCGACCACAGGAUCUCGAACAAGCCAUCAAGCAGCUCUCAUCAACGGUACCAAAAGGCCGAGGCAUUACUCUAAACGUGAUAUACGCCGCACCAAGAGCUAUCUCAUGGCAAAUACCACUCAUUCGCCGGCUUCACUCUGAGGGGUAUCCCAUUGAAGGACUCUGUGUUGGUGCCGGGGUGCCCAGUCCCGAGGUAGCUAAAGAAUACAUUGAUACACUCGGAUUAAAGCAUAUCUCCUUGAAGCCGUCCUCCGUGAACUCGAUCAUGCAGGUGCUUGAAAUUGCCAAAAUGAACCGCUCUGUGCCAGUCUUACUUCAGUGGACGGGUGGGAGAGCCGGUGGCCAUCAUUCAUACGACGACCUGUAUGAGCCACUCCUCAAAACAUACGGGUCCAUCCGGAAGCACCCCAACAUCAUUCUUGUUGUCGGGAGUGGCCUUGGCGACGCUCAAGGCAUGAUGCCGCUCUUAACUGGAGAAUGGGCCGAGUCUUUUGGAUACCCCCGAAUGCCCGUGGAUGGAAUCCUAAUUGGUAGUCGCAUGAUGGUCGCCAAGGAAGCAUCCACAUCUACCUCUGUGAAGAAUUUGAUCGUCCAAACACCUGGCGUCGACAAUUCAGAAUGGCACAAAACUUACACCGGGCCAGCUGGUGGUGUUAUUACAGUGCGAUCUGAGAUGGGCGAACCAAUUCACAAAAUUGCGAACCGAGCAGUGAUGCUAUGGCACGACAUGGAUAAUACGGUAUUCAAUGUCAAGGAUGCAGAUAAGCGCGUGGAACUCUUGCAAAACCGCCGCUUGGAGAUCAUCACCCGUCUUAAUCAAGACUACGCCAAGCCGUGGUUCGCAAUGAACUUUUCAGGAAAGCCUGUCAGACUCGAGGAUAUGACAUACGCGGAGUGCCUUCAACGGAUCACCACCUUGAUGUAUAUGCAUCAGCAACAGGAGUGGGUUCAUCAGUCCUAUCGAGUGUUUUUCCUCGAUUUCGUCAACCGAGUUCAGGAACGAUUUGAUGUGGAACAUGAACUCCCUCUGGAUGCUAGCACAAGCCCAUUUGACCUUCUUGAGAAGCUAUUCACUGUCUGUCCCGCUGCGAUUGCGGACAUUCUAUAUCCCGAGGACGCUGCCUUCUUCUUGGGUUUGUGCAAGCGAAGGGGUCAGAAACCUGUCAACUUCAUCCCCAUCCUCGAUGCUGAUUUUGAGAUGUGGUUCAAGAAGGACUCACUGUGGCAGAUGGAGAAAUUGGAGGCUAUUAUUGAUCAGGAUCCACAACGUGUUUGCAUCAUCCAUGGCCCUGUGGCGGCUACAUUUUCCACGUCCAUCGAUGAGCCUGCAGCGGACAUCUUGAAUAAGAUUCAUGAUGACUUGAUCGCAGCAGUUGAGCUCACUGUCCCGAAUCGCGACCUCAUCAAACUUGAAGAGGCGAAGGUUCAGACUGAAAUACGGACAAAUCCGUUCUCCUCUGAACUGGAUUUUGUUAACAUGCUGACCUCCAAAACACAAUGGGGUACCCAAGUGGAGUGUCGGUUCAAGAAACCACUACCCGACGGCGGAACACUAUUGUUCCUACAGAAGCUUGGUAUUGGAACUGAACAUUGGCUGAGUGUCUGCUUGAACGAUGAAACUGUACUCGUCGGCCAUCACCGUAGGCCUAAUCGAGUUCACGGUGCCUUUCAACCUGGCCCCGGAGAUAGGUUAACCAUCGAAUACCUGUCCUCCAACAAACAAUCCUUGAACGCAGCUUUCCUUCUCAAUCUCCCAGGUCCACCUGAUAAUCGAGCUGCCUUCACACUUGGGUCAACCGAUGGAAACGCAAUCCGUUUCGAUCUUAGAGGGACUAAUUACCUGUCGUCAAUGGUAACCGUCAACUUGCAACGUCAGUGCAAGGCUGGCCAGCAGUCGCUACACGAUAUAACAAAUCUUCAAGAGGCAAAUAUUAGAGAGUUCUAUGCUUCCUGUUGGUCACUCAAUGGCGAGAACUUGAAAGAAGAUGCGAUUAGCACCGAAUUCUCCACCGGACCUGUCAUGCUCUCUUCCCAACUUGUUAGUGACUUCAUUUCGCUGAUUUCCAGGGCCAAGGGGAAUCACUCUGGCUCACACAGCACCCCCACUCUCGCCCCCUUGGACCUUGCCAUUGUCGUGGCCUGGAAAGCACUUUCAAGACCGCUCUUAGUGCCUGACUUGGGUGGCGACCUGUCCCGCUUACUCCAUCUCUCUAACGCGUUUGAAAUGAUGCCUGGGGCUGAGCCACUCCAAGUCGGUGAUUAUUUGGAGACGAAGUCACAUAUCACGGCAGUAACCAUGAAGCCUCAAGGGAAGUUGGUCGAGGUCACAGCGGCAAUCCAUCGAAAGGGGGCAGUGGUCAUGAGGAUUAUAUCCGAGUUUCUCAUGCAAGGACAGUUUGCCCAGCAAGAUGAAAACUUCCGGUUUUCCACACCUAAUGACUGGACGCUUUCAUUGGAUUCACCCAAGGUUGUGGCCCUACUUCAAAGCAGACAGUGGUUCAAUCCACACCCAGCAUGUCCAGAACUCCUUGGAAGUGUACUUCUCUUCCGGGUCACCUCUCACAGAGCAUACAUCCAAUCUGCCAAUAUGUUCUCCUUGAACACCCGGGGUACUGUCUCUCUUGUCGCCAAAGAAGACUCAGGCGCCUUAAUUGGGAAUGUGUCCUUCUCUCACGAAUCAUGCUCUGGAGAUCCCGUUGUUGAUUUCCUCGAGCGUUAUGGCUCUUCAACGCGUGAAAUACAGCCACUUGAACAUCCUGGAUGGCAUACUGUGGAGCCUUUGCUACUUCGCGUGUGUGAUUUCGGCCCUGAGUACUCAACUCUAUCAACAGACCAUAAUCCGAUCCAUGUCUCGUCCUGUUUCGCAGGCUUUUCCGGCCUAUCGGCACCCAUUGUCCAUGGAAUGUAUACAUCCGCUGUUAUUCGCAGCAAGGUUGAAGAACAUAUGGCUGAUUUGAAUUGCUCCGGAUUUCGCCGCUGGUCUACAACAUUUGAAGAUGUUGUCCGCGGUAAUGACCUCUUGCGCAUCGAGGUUCAUCACAAGGGGAUGAUUGCAGGCAAUAUGAUUCUCGACGUUCAAGUGUGGAAUGACGAAACAAACACGAAGGUAUUGACCGCAGAGGCUGAGGUCGAGCAGGCUCGAACGGCUUAUAUGUUCUGUGGUCAAGGAAGUCAGAAAAAGGACAUGGGCAUGGCACUUUACGAAGUCGACGAUGCAGCCAAGUCCAUAUGGGACAGAGGAGACCGUUAUUUAUUCAACCUUUACGGUUUCUCUUUGCUUGACAUCGUGCGCAACAACCCGAAAAAAAUCACCAUUCAUUUCGGCACCAAGAAAGGUCGACAAAUCCGAGCCAACUAUUUGGACCUCACUCGAACUCAGGUGAUCGGCAACCAAGAAAUCACAGUACCUGUCAUUGGUGGGCUUAGUGACAAGUCUCCUUCCAUCACAUUUGAGGAGCCCAAUGGGUUGUUGUUCUCGACUCAAUUCGCGCAGCCAUUGAUCAGUCUUCUGAACGUAGCUGAGAUGGCUGCUCUCAAAUCUCGUGGUCUUGUUCAGGAGGGCUCGGCAUUCGCCGGUCAUUCCCUCGGCGAAUACAGCGCCUUGCUUGCCUGUGCCGACUUCAUGACCUUAGAAGGCCUCCUUGGGCUGACCUUCUACCGAGGGUUAGUGAUGCAGUUCCAAAUGAGCCAGGAUGCAGCUGGUCGGACGGACUUCGGUAUGGCAGCUGUGAACCCAUCCAGGGUUCGAAACGGAUUCAACGAACCGUCUUUAAAGAUUCUGGUCGAGGCCAUCGGUCGCGCCACCGGCUUGUUACUCGAAGUUGUGAAUUACAAUGUCGCUGGACAGCAAUAUGUGUGCGCAGGUCAUCUCCGAUCACUCUGGCUACUUCAAAAGACAUGCGAUGACCUGUCAUCAUCCGCCCACCGACAAUCACCCACUCCUGAAGAGAUCCAGAUGGUGAUCGAUCGGCACCUAGCGAAUGCUACUUCGCUUCCCGAGCCAAUUCACCUGCAGCGUGGCAGGGCUACCAUCCCACUGCCCGGCGUCAAUGUGCCGUUCCAUUCUAGCUAUUUGCGGGGUGGCAUCCCGGUAUACCGCCGAUACCUGCAGAGCAAGAUUAAGAAAGAGGAUAUUGUUGUGGAUCGGCUGGUUGGCAAGUACAUUCCCAAUCUCACUGGGAAGCCGUUUUCCAUCAGUCGGGAAUAUGUUGAGGAAGUUGCCAUGGCUACAGAUAGUCAUGUUUUGAGUCAGUUGCUGGUUGAUUGGGUGAGGUGA